AUGCUCAGCAAUCCAAGAGAAGGAAACCCAGAAGAGGUGGAACUUCGAGAUAUGCCCCCUAUACACGAUGAUACGGCCCCCGAUGCCCCGCUCAUCGCAGACCGCGGACACGACCGCAACCAUGCUCAUGCGACCGCAACCGCACAGUCCUCUGCAAAUGCCUUUAUAUGGGCCUUGACAGUCUCUGCUUGCGUAUCAGGACUGCUCUUUGGCUAUGACACGGGCGUCAUAAGCAGCACCUUGGUCUCGAUUGGCACUGACCUGUCCUCGCGCCAUUUGACGACCCUGGAUAAGGGACUCAUCACUUCAUGCACCAGUCUAUUUGCGCUGGUCGCAAGUCCCAUUGCCGGCGUCCUGGCGGAUCGGGUCGGGAGAAAAAACAUAAUAUUAUUUGCGGACGCCCUUUUCACACUGGGUGCUCUAUGGCAGGCCGUCACAACGUCCGUGUGGGGGAUGAUACUCGGCCGAAGUAUUGUGGGAUUGGCCAUCGGAGGUGCGAGUCUCAUCGUGCCUUUGUAUAUCUCUGAACUGGCACCCAGUCAUCUCAGAGGCAGACUCGUCACGGUCUCUCUUCUCUUCAUAACCGGCGGACAAGUUAUUGCAUACCUGGUCGGAUGGGCCUUUUCCACCAUGAAGGGCGGGUGGAGAUGGAUGGUUGGUCUAGGCUGUGUGCCUGCGCUCGCACAGCUUGUCAUGUUAGCAUUUAUGCCCGAGACGCCGCGCUACCUGGCGAAAAUCCAAAGAGAAAUGGAAGCCCGAGCGGUUUUGAAGAGGGUCUACCGUGGAAUGGCCGACAAUACCACCAAUCUUGUCGACGAGACCAUACACGCCAUUAAAAAGGAGUUGCUUGAGGAAGAAGAGGCACACGUUCAGCUCCGCCAGUCAACACAAUCCAAAUCCGGCUUCCUGAUCUCGCCGACCUUACAAUCUCUCCUCCUCCACCCCCCGCAUGCCCGAGCUCUGACAAUCACAUGCACGCUACAAGCCCUCCAGCAACUUUGUGGGUUCAACAGCCUCAUGUACUUUUCUGCCACCAUCUUCCAACUCUUGGGCUUUCAGUCGCCCACCUUGACAUCACUCAGUGUCGCCGGGACGAACUUCUUGUUUACCAUUGCGGCGUUCCAUCUGAUUGACCGGUUGGGGCGGAGACGGAUUUUGCUGCUCACUAUCCCGGUCAUGGUCGUGGCCCUUCUCCUUUGCGCUGGAGCCUUCACAUUUGUUCCUUUGCACUCAGGUGAUAGGGUAGAAACCACUGUGGAUAGCCCGUCUGGAAACUCGGUUCCACAACUCCCCGCUAUCGCCAUCCUAGUCGCCAUGCUCCUCUACGUCUCAACCUACGCCAUGGGCCUGGGACCUGUCCCCUGGCAACAAUCCGAGCUUUUCCCCCUCUCCGUCCGCUCUCUCGGCUCCUCGCUGGCAACCGCGACAAAUUGGUUCUGCAACACCGUUGUCGGCCUGACCUUUCUACCCAUGAUGGAUUUUCUAGGGGCGCAGUGGACGUUCGUCACAUACGCCAGCAUUUGUGCCCUGGGCUGGGUGGUUGUCUGGUCGAUUUACCCGGAGACAAUGGGACUGCGGUUAGAGGAAGUUGGCGAAUUGUUGAAGAACGGCUGGGGCGUUGACGAGAGCCUGGAACGGUUAGAAAGGUCGAGAAGGAAUACUCUGAACACCUCGCUAGAAUAG